UGUUUUGGAUUUUGGCCCCCUGUACGAUUGAGUUUGAUACCCCUGAAUUAGGUGAAAUUGAAUAAUUUCCACAGCACACCUGUAUCAGACACUUGUGGUCUACAGUGACCCACGUGAACCACAAGGUGGCAGUGAUGUUCAGACUGAGUAAAAAAGUAGUUUUGUCUCAAAGUUUCAGUAGAUUUUGUUAAAUUCCAAUUAAAAUCCACUUGUUUGAACUGAACAGAAGCAGAGUUCAGUGCUCACUAGACCAUAACUGACACACAAAAACACCCACCCACACAUGGGUAGCGUGCAGACCUCCAAUGAAACACAUUCUUAUGAACCACAAACAAGCAGGUGAAGCCCCAUCUCUCGUCUUCCAAUGUUAGCCUGAGGGCUACAGAGUGACAAACAGGCAUCGGUGGCAGCAGAAUUCUCGAUACAACUGACAUUUUAAUAUGUGAAUACUAGAUGAUUUAUGGAAGGAGUAGAUUUGCAUAUAUCUCAGUCUUCAGCUGCCUGUUAGAACAUGUAAUUUGUAAAAUGCAAACCAUGAUGUUGUAGAUCCGGUUUGUUGAUCAUUUUCUCAAAGGUGCAGACAAUGACUUGAGAUGAGAGGAAACUGUGCAGAGCCUGUAAAAACACCCUUCAGCUGAAGAUGCUGAUCUGUGGGUGCGGAUGAGAAGGUCGGCUCUGGUACAUCGACCUGCAGCAGGAACAAACUGUUUGUACACACGUCCCCAGAGAUGUCCUCUUGACUGAAAACCCUCACCUGUUUGUCGACCUGAGGCCCUCAGCUUUACAUUUCAUGUUUGACUCAGGUGAGUGCGAGGGGGAGGUCCCUCAGCGAGGCGUGGUGUCAGGUGUAGAGGUAGGAAGUGAAAGGACAGAAAUGUUAGAAAAUUCCUGAUCAGAACACUGAGUCCAUACACUCCUCCGCUCUCAUGGCGCUGCGCUUCUCCACAAAGUUUGGCCUCCUGCUACUCCUGCUGGUGAUAGGUGCUGAAGCAAGGCAGAGAAGAACGAAGGCAUUGAAAAGGUCCAAAAGAGACUGGGUCCUCCCCCCAUCCAAGCUGUGGGAAAACACAGACUACACCAAGAAGGAGUUCAUCGCAAAGAUCCGUUCUGAUAAAAGUGAAAAAGCACCCGUGGAGUACUACCUCACAGGUCCAGGAGCUGACGCGCCACCCUACAACCUCUUUGUGGUGGAUCAUGGAAGCGGAUAUGUCCGGGUCACAGAUAUUCUGGACCGUGAGAAGUGCCAAAAAUACGAACUGAAAGGCAUUGCUAAAUACCGCAAUCAAUCGUUGGCGGAGGAUAAUAUUCCAAUAAACAUCGUUGUCCUGGACAGGAAUGAUAACGCUCCCUAUCUUGAACCACAAAAGGGAACUGUCAAAGAGGAGAGCAAAAAGGGUACUUUGGUUAUGAGGAUCAAGGGUGAAGAUGCUGACCAGGUUGGAACUCCUAACGCAAACCUGACCUACACCAUCGUCAGACAGGACCCACCAGGCACCGGACCCAUGUUCAUGAUCAACAAAUACACAGGAGACCUGUUUGUGAGGUCCAAACUGGACAGAGAGAAACUAAGUCUCUACAACCUGGUGAUCAAAGUAACUGAUAUGGAAGGAGCGCCAGGGGGGCAGACCGGGACAGGAACUGUGGAGAUUAAGGUGGUGGACAUCAAUGACAACAUCCCUGACCUGGAGAAGUCUGAGUAUACAGGCUCUGUGGAGGAAAACGUUGAUAACGUGGUUGUGAUGAGGAUCAAAUCUCUGGACAAGGAUGAGGAAUUCACAGACAACUGGUUGACUGUCUUUAAAAUAGUCAAAGGAAAUGAAGACAAUCUCUUCUCCAUUGAGACAGACAAAAAAACCAACGAGGGCAUCCUGAAGUUGAUCAAGCCAGUGGACUUUGAAACGGUGCAGAGCCUGGAUCUUGGCAUACAAAUUGAGAAUGUGGCUCCUUUUGUCAAUGGCACCGCUUUGGAACUGGAUUUAAGCUUGGAAGGGGGGCAACCAGUGGCCACAGGAGCUGGAACUGGUGUAGGGGUAGGUGCUGGACUAGGGGGAGGACUUGGGCCUGGAGGAGGGGUCAAGCCUGGCACUGGGCCUGGUGCUGGACCUGGAACUGGUGCUGGGGCUGGAGCUGGUGCUGGUGCUGGACCUGGUGCUGGGACUGGGGCCGGUGCUGGACCAGGUGCUGGAUCUGGUGCUGGGGGUGGUGCUGGACCUGGCACUGGGGCUGCUGCUGGACCUGGCACUGGGCCUGGUGGAGGUGCUGGGUCAAAACCUGUAAAACCAGCACAGUCAGGGUCAGGACCCGGUCAGAAGCCAGGUAACUCCAAAAGCUAUCCCAUCAAGAUAUUAGUGAAGAACGUUCCAGAAGGUCCAGCAUUUGCACCCUCCACCAAAGAGAUUCCUCUGUCAGAAGACCCAAGCAAGAUACCGAAAGAUGGUAUCAUUGCUGUUUUUCCAGCAGUUGAUCCAGACACAGGAAAGAUAGCUGAAGAUGUCAGCUAUGCAAAAGCGUAUGAUCCAGACAACUGGUUUUCAAUUGAUGAAGAAACUGCUGAGAUCAAACUCAACAAGAAACCUGACAGAGAGUCUCCUUACGUGAAGAAUGGGACCUAUAUCUGCAAACUUCUUGCAAUAAGCAAAGACAUGCCCCCCAAAACAGCCACAGGAACCAUUGCUGUCCAAGUGGCCGACUCUAACGACCACUGUCCCACUCUCAGCAGCACUGCCAGCGGUCUGUGCUCUGACAAAAAGACUGUGUUCAUCACCGCUUUCGAUGAAGACGCCCAUCCCAACGCAGAUCCCUUCUCCUUCACCAUCAUUCCUGGAGGAACGAAGGGCAGCUGGGAUUUGGAAGUUAUCAACGGAACCACUGCUGCUCUCCACUCCCAGAAAGAUCUGUGGCCUGGAGUGUAUGAGCUGCAAGUGGAGGUGAAAGACAAUCAGGGUUUGUCCUGCCCAUCCGCCCAGGUUUUCAGCGUGGAUGUCUGCAUUUGUGAGGGAACAGAGGAAUGUAACUUGAGGGCGGCGGCGCACCAGAGAUCCACGUCUGUUGAGAUGACAGCAGGAGCCAUUUGUCUGCUGCUGAUGGCGCCGUGCUUGAUGCUUUUCAUUCCUCUUCUCCUGAUCUCCUGUCAGUGUGGAGGAGCAGAUAAAGUUUUCUCUGAGCUGUUUAUUGAUCUGGAUACAGGAAGAGCAGACCACCUGAUUUCAUAUAACACUGAAGGCCAGGGUGAGGACAAGACGCCUCCCCAGAGUCCUCUACUUUGGCAGAAUACUAACGGAGGGCUUAAAGCAGCCAAUGUCAAGACCUUCUCCACAGCAGUCAGAGAGACUCACCACAUGGCAGGCUACACAGAAUCCAUGCAGCAGUCACAUUACACCCACCCAGAACUCCUGCACAGAGAAGCAUCUCACAAGUAUUUUGGGGCCAGUCAUGACUUCAACAUUGACACCAGGUUUGAUAGCCGCAUGCAGAGCACAGAUGGUCUGGCUGAGGACAUGACUUUAUUUGCAGUUUUUUUGAAGGACUACUACUCAGAGAAAUGUGUGCCUCAUUUGGAAGAUAAAUACCCCGCUAAAGUGUGGAACUACGAGGGCCAGGGGUCGACCACUGGCUCUUUGAGCUGCUGUAGUUGUCAGGACAUGGACCUGGAAUUCCUCACUGACCUUGGAACAAAGUUCAAGACUCUAGCUGAGAUUUGCUCCCCUCCUUCAUCAACAGUCAGGUCCUCUGUGAAACAGACAGCAAUGACUGCUCUCAGAAGCACGUCUGAUGUGGUUAAACCAGUUAUUAAGUCUGUUAUUGAAACAAAGCCUUAUAUUGAAACAAAGCCUUAUAUUGAAACAAAGCAGUCCAAUGUAACCACAGAGAAAGCUACAAAUGUCUUUUCUUCAUCUUCAAGCAAAGUUAGCAGCUCCUAUUCCUCCAUGACUCUCCCUCAGUCUACAAUCACAAACAUUGACCAUUCCUCUGACAUGGGGUAUUCUACUUUGGUGCAUUAUCCCACUCAGACAGUCGCCCUGCCGGAACCAGUUUGCUACAACACUGUUGUGCAACCUGUACAGUACAUGAUGGCACCGAAUUUACAGAACACGGUCUUGCUUGAGGACUGGUCUCGUGCAAGCAAUCUUUCCGGCAUGGUUAUGGUCAAUGGUUCCCAGGGUCUAUCUGGACCUUUUGUCAGUGGAGCUCCAGGCUCUCUUACAGGGUUGGUUAACUCAAACACUGGGUUUCUUACCUCAAACUCAGGGUUGGUUACCUCAAACACGGGGUUUCUUACCUCAGACACAGGGUUAGUUACCUCAAACACGGGAUUUCUUACCUCAGACACAGGGUUAGUUAACUCAAACACAGGGUUUCUUACCUCAGACACAGGGUUAGUUAACUCAAACACAGGGUUUCUUACCUCAAACUCAGGGUUGGUUACCUCAAACACAGAGGGCUGUGUGAACUUUCAAAGUUCUGCCAGUUCUGUAAGUCCAGUUGGAGCCACGGUACUGCUGCCUGGUUCCCCAGUGUCUGGAGAACUUGUGUCCCCAGGAUCUGUCUCUAUGGACAGCUGGAGAAUAAUGCCACCAAAUUCCGGUGACAGCUACAUGUUACUCUCUAAUGGUUCACUUGGGGUAGAAGAAGACUGAGAACAUUUGCUGAUAGUUUCAAACUAAAUUCAUUGAGACAAGGUUGUAAGGAUUCUCUCAAAUUUGAGCUCUAAUAAUGUCAACACAACUGAUUCUGAAAAAGUCACUCCUCAACACACCUAGAUGUUAUGACAGAAGAUAAAACCGUAAAGAUCUCCAGUUUUGUUGCCAGUGUAUACAUGCAAGUGUUCUUAAGUUAACUAAAUCUGGAAGCUAUGGGGAAAUGUUCUCUUUUGGAACCAGCCUUCAAGUUCAUUUGACGAACUGGAACAUGUGAUACUUCGGAUUUGCCACAACUUUGGGAAAGUGGGAGUUUGUGUAUAAAUUCUGCAUCAUAGCUGUACUUUUUCAUACUACUAAAAUGUUUACAUCUCUGCACGAAACAGCAGUUUAAGUAAAUGUUAUAUGUAAUUUACCUGGUGACCUUAGACCAUCUUGCCUGUUCUGACUCUUCCUUUUAUUCAAGGAUGCAGACGUGUUUAUGGACUUUUGAAGUUCUCCUUUGGACUUUGGAUGGUUGUUUCUCAGUCCUUGAACACAACUGUCAUCUGAACAUUACAGAUGUUGAUUUGUUGUGUUGCUCAUGGUUCAAUGUUGAACCCACGCCCACAAAACAAAUAGUAAAAACAAAUAGAGCUGACAGAGACCGCUUCAGCAGAUUCAGAAAGUCUGGAUCUUUGGAAUAAACUGUCAGACGGGGGCGUUUGAAAUGAGUUUGGAUGACAAUUCUGGAUUGGGAAUAACUUGUUUUUUGGUGGGAUGGUGCUUGUUCUUCUUCAGUUCUGCAUUCUUCAGCAGUUACACAAUUCAGUACUUUUGGAUGCAACCUUUUCUCCACCUACAAGCUUUGAAUGGAGUUACAUCAUGGUAAACUGUGAAUCUGUCAGUGUCAUUGUUAAUCGCCUUGAUAUAAUAAAACCUAAUAAA